AGGCAGUUACAAAGAGAUGUGAAAUUGAAAGAUGGAAGCUCUGGUGUGCAACAAAUUGGGUGAUCCCAUUCCCAUUCCCAUCCCAAGUGAAGCAAAUACGGUAAUUGAGAUACAGAAAAAUCACCCGAUUCCUCAGCUUAACUCCCCGACUGCUGUGAGGGUAAGAGUGAAGGCCACGAGCUUGAACUACGCAAAUUACCUGCAGAUUUUGGGCAAAUACCAAGAAAAGCCACCCCUCCCUUUCAUCCCAGGCUCUGAUUACUCCGGUGUCAUCGAUGCCGUCGGACCUCUUGUCUCCUCUUUCAAGAUCGGCGACCGCGUCUGUUCCUUUGCUUCCCUCGGCUCCUUCGCUCAAUUCAUCAUCGCCGAUCAAUCCCAUCUAUUUCCCGUUCCAGACGACUGUGAUCUGGUGGCUGCCGCCGCACUCCCGGUGGCUUUCGGAACCUCCCAUGUCGCUCUUGUUCACAGAGCUCGCUUGUCCUCUUCUCAGGUGCUGUUGGUUCUUGGUGCUGCUGGCGGUGUUGGCCUUUCUGCUCUUCAAAUUGGCAAGGCCUGCGGUGCCAUUGUUAUUGCCGUUGUUAGGGGAGCUCAAAAGGUAGAGUUUUUGAAGUCACUGGCAGUGGAUCAUGUGGUUGACUCCAACAAAGAAAAUCUAAUUCUCAGUGUCAAGGACUUUCUCAAGUCCAGGAACCUUAAAGGUGUCGAUGUUUUGUAUGAUCCUGUUGGAGGCAAGCUCGCUAAAGAUUCACUCAAGCUUUUGAAUUGGGGUGCUCAAAUUUUGGUCAUCGGAUUUGCUAGUGGGGACAUCCCCGUCAUCCCUUCUAAUAUUGCUCUCGUCAAGAAUUGGACCAUACAUGGACUUUAUUGGGGUAGCUACAGAAUACACAGACCAGUGGUUCUUGAAGAUUCUAUCAGAGAGCUACUCUCAUGGAUGGAAAAGGGAUUAAUUACCAUCCACAUUUCUCAUACUUAUAGCCUUGCUGAGGCUAGAGUUGCAUUUUCUGAUCUUAGAGACAGGAAAGCAAUCGGAAAGUUGAUGAUUGCAUUAGAUGAUCAAAGAAGUGUAACUUCUAGGCUUUGAAGUUGGAGUAGCUGGAAUGCUUAUGCAGAAUGUUAAUAAUUGGUUUACAGCAAAGAUAAUAAGGACACAAGAAGUUGCCAAGUAAAGAAGGGUAUUGAUUAAACAGACAUAAUAAAAUAAGCUUGGACUGCAAACUAAUCUGCUAGGUAUGAUCUAUCAUUGAGAGUCUCUUAUGAAUUGCAACAUGAAGAGAUCGUCUAGUUGUUAUUUUCUGGCUUGGAAAAGUUGUGCAUGUCGGGAUUUGUAUUAUACCGGCCUUGUUGUCUCUAGAAGUUAAUUGUUACAUUGUUACAUUUUUCUCUAAAUUUCUGCUCUUGUGGUUGUUGGCUGCUAAUUUGUGUUGUGCUCGAGAAUAUUUUCUGGAUUGUAAUCUUAUAAUACUGUUUGAUCUUUA